AUGAAUAGACUUUCUCAGCAAGAAUUCCAAUUUAAAGAAAUACAUAACAUUAAUAUUUUUUAAUAAUGCAAAGGCAUAAAUGCUAUAUAUAUUGAUUAAUAAGGGAGAUAUUUUUAUGCAAUAGGAGAUUAUCAUAAUUUGAAAAUAUAUGAUCUAAGAAAAAGAUGUACAAAGUUAAUUAUUUUUUGUCGUUGUGAAUGCAUAUUAGGAAUAAGAAUAUGUGAAGAUAUUAGUACAAUUAUAACAUGUUGGCAAUUUGGAUUACUCAUAAUACACAAAAUUGAAACGAGAAAUUGGAAAAUUUUGAAAAGAUAAUAUAUUGAAUCAUCAAUCAACUUUACUGGAAUUAGCAAUAUUAAUCAAUAAUAAAAUCAUUUUGCAUGUAACUAAUUAUGUUAAAUUAGGCUCUAAAUCUGAUGGUUCUUUAACUAUUUACCACAACUACAAAGGAAUCUUUAAAUAAUUCUAAUAAAUUUAUGAUGCCAAUAAGGAAGUAUGGCUCAAUAUUAUAUUUAUUGAGUCUUCAUUAUUUUUUUCAUAUUUAGGUGCUAAUUAUUUAGAGUAUUUCAAAUUAAAUCAAAAUUUGAAUCGAUAUGAAUUUAUUAAAAAAAUAGUAAAUAAAAUUCCUAUUUUUUCUAUUUUCGGUUCAUAUGAUAGAAUUUUGAUACUUGGAUCAAAUAGGAAAUAUAUGUAAUCUAUUUUGGAUUAGGAAGAAGAUGGUUUAAAGUAAUUAGGAAAGUCUAAAGAAUAAGGUUGUGUAUUAUCUCAAAUUUAAUUUUUGGAUGAAGGUAACUUAUUUAUAGAAUUUGGAUUCUCAAAAUAAAUAAAAUUAUGGAAAUUAGAUAAUGAAGAGCUCAAAAUUAUAUAAUAAAUUGAGUUUUAAUCACGUAUCAGUACUGCUGGUGUUUAAAAAAAUAAAAAUACUUUAAUUGUUGGUUUUUUAGAUGGAACUAUAAAGAUCUUUGUUUGA